AUGACUUCCAAGAUGCACAUUGAACAAUGCAUAUUGAACAUACCAUGGUUUGAUUACACCAAAGCCUUAUUUGUUUCUUUUAGCUUCAUUACUUCAAAAUGUCCUGUUGUGGAGGCCAGAGUUCCCGCUGUUCUAAGUGUGGCUGCUCCCCCUGCUGCUGCCAAAGCCGUCAAGUCUGUUCCAGAUGUGGCUGCUCUCCCUGCUGCUGCCAAAGCCGUCAAGUCUGUUCCAGAUGUGGCUGCUCUCCCUGCUGCUGCCACAGGCGUAGCUGCUGUUCCAGAUGUGGCCGCUCUCCCUGCUGCUGCCAAAGCCGUCAAGUCUGUUCCAGAUGUGGCUGUUCUCCCUGCUGCUGCCACAGGCGUAGCUGCUGUUCCAGAUGUGGCUGCUCCCCCUGCUGCUGCCACAGGCGUCAAGCCUGUUCCAGAUGUGGCUGCUCUCCCUGCUGCUGCCACAGGCGUCAAGCCUGUUCCAGAUGUGGCUGCUCCCCAUGCUGUUGCUCUAGCCGUGGCUAUUGCAACCAGUCUCGCUAUACUUGCCAGCAGUACAAGUUCUGAGCACUUUAGAAACUGUUACCUGGGCUUUGGAUCUGAAGAUUGA